UCGGCGAACGCUGUUGGAUGCGGUCUGCACGUUAAUGGCAUGUGCUACGGUUCGCCUGUAAACGCAUCCAGGCUGCAUUGCGGCCGCACCUGCAACUCCACGCUGCGAUUCCACGAUGGCCAACAUUGUAGCUGACCGCACGUGUCUGCGAACACCUUCUGCCGGAUGCAGCUGGUCCCAUCAAGUACCAAUCUUGAAGACAUAAGUGACAAUUUUCUAGAUGAGAGAAAUAACAUAUUUUCUAAUUGA